AUGAAGCCACUAGUGAAAAUAAGACUAGACAAGCACACGGAUGCAGUCGAAUUCUGCCCUGAUGCUGAACAUGGAGAUUAUUUGGCAGUAGCAAGUUAUCAAGUUUCAGACAAGUCAGAACAGAUCUCAUCAGAGAAUGGACCGAGAGAAGGAGCGGUGACUAUGUUUAAAUAUGAUUCGGAAGCUAGAUCGCUAACCAAGGCUGCUGAAUUAACUACAUCUGGGACUCUGGAUAUCAAAUGGAAUGUAUUUCUGCUGGACGAAUCUGGUCGAAUUAGUGCGACAAGUGGUCUGAUGCUCGCAAUAUCUACCAUCACGUUGAAUACCGGACAUUACGAACCCGAGGAUGUCCUAAUAUUAUCCCUCUACAUUCCACCAACACCAAUAACCUGCCGCAUCUAUACAUCCAUUUCUGAUGGUCGUGUAUCGGUACUCAAUUUGGAUAGUACUGGUUUACAUCCAUUUUGGGAAACAUAUGCUCAUGAAUACGAAGCAUGGUGUGUAUCUGGAGAUGGAGAGAAUAUGGUGUACUCGGGUGGUGAUGAUCAGAUGUUUUGUGGAUGGGAUUUAAGGUCUGGUCAAAGGACGUUCAAGAACAAGAGCCAUGACAUGGGCGUAACCUGCAUCCUUCCCCAUCCAUCACCAUCAACGCACCCCCACAUAGUAUUCACCGGCUCAUACGAUGAGCACUUACGUAUCUUUGAUCUACGGAAACCCAGUUCACCUUUAUAUGACCAGAUCUUGCUAGAGGGCGGUGGUGUUUGGAAGCUCAAACCGAAAUUCAAUCUCACUACGAACUCGUAUACGCUUCUGGCUGCUUGUAUGCAUGCUGGUGUAACUCUUGUCGAUAUUAACUCUGAUUUGACUGUCGGUGUGUCGUCUGAUGCGUAUAAGGAGCAUGGAUCGUUCGUGUAUGGUGUUGAUUGGAAGUGUGAUGAGAGUGUUGGAGCUAGUUGCUCUUUUGAGGACAAUUCUGUACAUUUAUGGGCGUUGUAA